GUUUAGAGCCACUUCUGCAAACAGUGUCUCGGAAAGCCCAGGCUGGAGAAAAGAGGACUUUUAUUUUGGCCCGUCGGUGUGACGUCACAAGGCUGCGCCGCGCUCCUGAUUCUGUUGUGAUUCUGCUGAAGAAAGGAGAAAUUGUCCGAACGUGGAGAAAAACUCUUGCUGAAUCAACUGAGAUCCACGUGACACUGUUAUAAAGAUGGUGUUUAUUAAAGAGGAGAGUGAAGACGUGAAGAUUGAAGAAACAUUCAGAGUCAAACAUGAAGAUACUGAGGAACAAACAGACCGGAUGCCACUCAAAGAGGAGAGUCAAGAACUAAAUGAAAUAGAAGAGAAGGAAAAGUAUGAGGAACGUUAUAUAACUGGGGAAAAAUCCACAAAGACCAAAAAGACUUCCACACGAAAAGCAGACCUGAUGCCACUCAAAGAGGAGAGUCAAGAACUAAAUGAAAUGGAAGAUAAGGAAAAGUAUGAGGAACAUCAUAAUUGUAUAACUGGGAAAAAAUCCACAAAGACCAAAAAGACUUCCACACGAAAAAGAACCCAGAAGAAAUCUUUCAAAUCUAGCACCUGUCAUCAAUGUGGAAAGAGUUUCAGUCUAAAAUGUAACCUUAAAGUCCACAUGAGAAUUCACACGGGAGAGAAACCUUACACCUGUCAACAAUGUGGAAAGAGUUUCACUCAAAUAGGGCACUUUAAAAACCACAUGAUUCUUCACACUGGAGAGAGGACUUUUACCUGCCCCCAAUGUGGAAAGAGCUUUAAACAAAAAAGUGUCCUUCGUGCCCAUAUGAUAGUUCACACUGGAGAGAGGCCGUUCACAUGUAAUCAGUGUGGAAAGAGUUUCAGACAAAAAGGGACCCUUAAAGGCCACAUGGGAAUUCACACUGGAGAGAAGCCUUUCACCUGCCAACAGUGUGGAAAGAGUUUCUUUCGAAAUCCAGACCUGAAAAAACACAUGACAAUUCACACUAGAGAGAAGCCUUUCGCAUGUGAUCAGUGUGGAAAGAGUUUCAGUCAAAAGACAUACCUGAAAAAACACAUGAGAGUUCACACUGGAGAGAAGCCUUUCACAUGUGAUAAGUGUGGAAAGAGUUUCUCACACAAAGACACCCUUAAAUGCCACAUGAGGAUUCACUCAAGAGAGGACUAUUUUAUAUGUCAGCAGUGCGGAAGAAGUUUCAGUGAUAAAAGCAUCAAGACUCACGUGAAAGUUCACACUGGAGAGAAGCCGUUCACAUGUGAUCUGUGUGGAAAGAGUUUCAGACAUAAAGCAACCCUUAACUAGGUGACCAUACCUGCCAUUUUUCCCAGACGCAUCCUGGCCAGGAUUUCCAUAUUGUCUAAAAUAUCUAGGUUUUGGCUUUUUGUGUGUGCAGACCGAUCGGUGUUUGACAUCGAAGUACCAAAUAGGCAGUUCCUUAUGCUUUCAAAACGCUCUCGAGGUACUUUGAUGUCAAACACUGAUUGUCUGAGCCGCACCGCUUUAAGUCGAACACACCAAAUAUGUACGCGUAUUUGCAUCGCUUCUCACACACACCAUAAUUGGUCAAUUAUGUACAAUGCCUGCAUGUUAUUGGUCAAACUACUUUUCGAUCAUUACCUUCAGCAAGCAUGAAAACAGGAAAACAAAGCCAAAACAAAUCCUUGCAAGGACGCAUCCUGGAAAAAUGGCAUGUAUGGUCACCCUACCUUAAGGAACAUGUGAAGAUUCACUUUGGGAGAUAACUACUGCAGGAGAUGUCACCAAAAACUUUAAAUUUGCUGUUUAUUGACUCACCCUCAGGACUUUCCAAAAUAUGUAAAUAAGGGAACUAGAUCAACUUUUUGUAGAUUUCCCACUACAGGUGGCUUUGUAGUUUUUAAAUGCUACCUGUGAGCUAAACAAAGAAUGUAUGAACAAAGUUACCUGAUCUGAGUAUUACAGUUUUUUACAAUCAUUAUGUCACCAAUUUCAAAACCUUGAUGUCAUUUUUCAAAACUCAAAACAGUCAUUACUUGUAACACAGACUGCCCAAUGUUCAAAACUUUGCAUGUUUCGAUCAUAUCUUUAAAGAAGCAUUGCAUUUGCAGAAUCAUUGGUUCACAUUACUUUAGAUCACCCACACACAAGAUACCCAUAGUUUCACUGUGUAGUUGUUAGUACAAUCAAUAAAUACAGUAGUACAAAAAACACGUCAUUAUUGUAGUACACAUUCAUACAUCAUUGUAAUAGACUAAAGAGAAAAGUACAGACAUUGGAAUCAUUGAACAAAAUCUGAAAAUGAUUGAUGAAAUAACUCACAACAGGUUUUUCAAAAACUUUAGAUAAGAAAAAACUACAGUAAAAUGUCAACUGUAGUGUUCCUCACAGCACUUUUUGUUUUUUAUCAAUCCUGUCUUAUGGAUUUGGCCACAGGUUCUCAUUCACAUCAUAAUGGAUGUUUUCAUUGGCUAAACAUCUUGGAAAUAAUCUUUUGGCAUGGCAAAAACAGGCCUGACAUUAAUCUCCUCCUGUGAUGUCAUUGGAGUAGCGUGACUUGUUUGAGAGGGGGCCUAUUGUAAACCUUCCACCUUCAUGUGGAGAAAAACUCCUCAGUCGGGUUAAAGAUAGGGGAGUAGGGGGGUAACGACAAGGUGGUAAACUAUGGAUGGGCCUGAAACCAUGAUUGCAAUCAAUGCCAUUGCUAGGAACUCUGGGCCACUUGUACUGAUUUUGCUAUUGGGCCUCCUCAAAAUCAGUUAUGCAAGUUACUUAGCAUUUUGAGGAGUUGUAUCAAUUGAUAGAGAUCAUUGUAAUGAAAUUAAGUCACACUCGACUCAGAUGUAAUGUGAGUUGCAUUUUGAUGUAAAGUUGUGUCAUUUUGAACUGGUGAUUUUAGUUCAAUGAACAAAUGAUCUUAGGUUUAUAUGUAUUAUAUCCAAGCAUUUAAAAAAAAAAAGUGUUAAAGGGAUAGUUCACCCAAAAAUGAAAAUUAGCCCAGGUUUUACUUGCCCUAUGACCAGUGUUGGAUAAGCUACUCUAAAAAAGUAAUUAAUUACUAUAUACUAAUUACAUCUUCAACAGUGUAAUUAGAUUACUAUACAAAUUACUCUCUCCAAAAAGUAUUUAAUUACUUAUUACUUUCUAAAUCCUAUAUCAACCUCGACAAGUUAAUGAUACAAGGAUAAACAUGAAACGGUUCUUUUAAUUUUUUUCAAAUAAAUAAUAGUUAAUAGUGAGAAUUGGACUCUACUCUAAAGUGUGACCAGAAUAAUUUAUGUAGUCAUCUAUGACUUUUGCCUCAAUAUACUCCUAAUCACUGCUUAUUAAUGUAGUUGUUAAGUUUAAGAAUUGAGUAGGUUUAAGGAUUUAGAACAAAUUCUCGCAGAAUAAGACAUCAAUAUGUUAAUAUGUGUUUUUAAGUAAUAAUAAACAGUCAAUAAUCCCAGUAAUAUUCAUGCUAAUAACCAAAAUGAUUAAAACACUAGUAUUUUCACCAGCUCAAAAAUGGUUUCAAGUCGGUUAUUUCUAUCUUUUGCUGUAGUGUGUCAGUAGGAAAUAUCAGUUUACAUUUCCAAACAUGAAGUAGGACGUACACGUCGUGCAUGCGCCAGUGAUUCGUGACGAACGCGGAAGUGUGGAGGAGAGACAGCAAAACAAAAAUCUGGUCACGACUAAUCUGAAAUUGAGGAUUUGUAAAGAAAAAUGUAGGAGGAUUUUGAUGAAAGCCAAGAGGAGACUGUUUUUUUUUGUUGUUGUUUUUUUAAAUAAGUGAUUAUUUAACACCAGUGAUGUUACUGUGUAUGACUUCAAAAAAGUAAGGAACCCUUAUAUUAUUUUUGUAAAGGAUGACAGAUUACUUACUUGUGGUUGGUGGAUUAAAUACAAGCUCAAUCUGGCCCUUAUGUUUUGUGUGUGUCGACGUUUUAUAGUAUAAAGCUGAAAAAAAAACAACAGUAAUCGUGACCGCGACACCCCUUCAUUGUGUCUUUGGUUGCGCACACAUCCCCGGUUUGGAAAUCGACUUUAAUGUAUUGAUAGCUGUCCAUCUGUGUGUAUCCAUAUACAUGCUUUUCCUUGCCAAGCUGUGACACAAAGUUGGCUAUUUUUGUGUUGGCCGGCACAUCUGGAGUCACCCUUGCUAUCAUACAGGUGCAUCUCAAUAAAUUAGAAUGUCUUGGAAAAGUUAAUUUAUUUCAGUAAUUCAACUCAAAUUGUGAAACUUGUGUAUUAAAUAAAUUCAAUGCACACAGACUGAAGUAGUUUAAGUCUUUGGUUCUUUUAAUUGUGAUGAUUUUGGCUCACAUUUAACUAAAACCCACCAAUUCACUCUCUCAACAAAUUAGAAUACUUCAUAAGACCAAUAAAGAAAACAUUUUUAGUGAAUUGUUGGCCUUCUAGAAUGUAUGUUCAUUUUCUGUAUAUGUACUCAAUACUUGGUAGGGGCUCCUUUUGCUUUAAUUACUGCCUCAAUUCGGCGUGGCAUGGAGGUGAUCAGUUUGUGGCACUGCUGAGGUGGUAUGGAAGCCCAGGUUUUUUUGACAGUGGCCUUCAGCUCAUCUGCAUUUUUUGGUCUCUUGUUUCUCAUUUUCCUCUUGACAAUACCUCAUAGAUUCUCUAUGGGGUCCAGGUCUGGUGAGUUUGCUGGCCAGUCAAGCACACCAACGCCAUGGUCAUUUAACCAACUUUUGGUGCUUUUGGCAGUGUGGGCAGGUGCCAAAUCCUGUUGGAAAAUUAAAUCAGCAUCUUUAAAAAGCUGGUCAGCAGAAGGAAGCAUGAAGUGCUCCAAAAUUUCUUGGUAAACGGUGCAGUGACUUUGGUUUUCAAAAAACACAAUGGACCAACACCAGCAGAUGACAUUGCACCCCAAAUCAUCACAGACUGGACCUUGGUCUCCAAAUGAAAUACAAAACUUGCUCUCAUCUGAAAAGAGGACUUUGGACCACUGGGCAACAGUACAGUUCUUCUUCUCCUUAGCCCAGGUAAGAUGCCUCUUACGUUGUCUGUGGUUCAGGAGUGGCUUAACAAGAGGAAUACGACAACUGUAGCCAAAUUCCUCGACACGUCUGUGUGUGGUGGCUCUUGAUGCCUUGACCCCAGCCUCAGUCCAUUCCUUGUGAAGUUCACCCAAAUUCUUGAAUCGAUUUUGCUUGACAAUCCUCAUAAGGCUGCGGUUCUCUCGGUUGGUUGUGCGUCUUUUUCUUCCACGCUUUUUUUUUUUCCCACUCAACUUUGAUAACAUGCUUGGAUACUUGUUUUGAGCUGAUUAUAUAUGUAUGUGUAACUGCAGGUUAAAUGCAUUCAUGUCCUGCAUUAAGCAGGGUGUAAGUGCAUCUAAAUGCCACUUCAGAAAUUCAAAAUUCAGAUUCAAAGAUUAAUUUUGUUGGUACUGAUUUAAUUUGCUUGAUAACAGCCCAAAUGUCUUAUUAUCCUAAUUGACUGAUUAAAUGUAAGAAUUUGACUCAAAUGAUGAUGCACAUUUUUAGAAAAAAUGGCUUAAUUGUGAAAAUGACCAUAAAAGGUAAAAAUCAAUUUAACCAUUGCUUUUUUUUUUUCCCACUCAACUUUGAUAACAUGCUUGGAUACUUGUUUUGAGCUGAUUGGCAUGUCACCAUAUUCUAAUUUGUUGAGAGUGAAUUGGUGGGUUUUUGUUAAAUGUCAGCCAAAAUCAUCACAAUUAAAAGAAACAAAGACUUAAACUACUUCAACUUUAACUUUUCCACGACAUUCUAAUUUAUUGAGAUGCACCUGUAUUACCUUAAUUUGUGUUGUAAAGAUGAACCAAGUUGGCUCGGCCUCGUAUUCAACAUCCACGAAGUACUCAGGUGGGUAGGCAUAUCCUGUUAAUGAAUAUGUGUAACAGAUAUGAAAAGUAUUAUGUUCAUGUAUUUAGAAUUACACAAAUGUUCAAACGUGUAUCUGAUAUGCCUGUCUGUGUGUGUGUGCACCUUCCCCUUUAAAUUUCUGACUGCAAUGUUGGUCUUAAUUUCCUGUUUUUGCACCUCCCCUUCCCUUUCUGCACUGUCUCUGCAUGGGAGAGGUGUGUUUCUCAUGAUCUCUGAUUCAUCUAAUUACAUCUUUAUCUUUUAAACUACUUUUGUACUUAAAUUUGUCAUUUAAAUCAUAUCUGGGACAUUAUUUUACCUGUAUAUUUGAUUAUUUUCCUAUUUUCAUCAGGUUUGAUCACUUUUCUGUCCGAUGUGAACUCGAAGCAUGCUAAUUACAUUGCACUUUACACAUUCAUGUUACAGAAAUGAAAAAGGGUGAAUUCACACCACAUAUACUGUACAUACUCUUAUGUCUUAUCAGAGAUUAAAAGAAGAGUCGAACCGUCAGCUGAUGUCCAUCUGGUUAUUCAUCAUCAUCAAAAGAAACAGGUACACCAGGCCUCGUGCCUGAGAUUCACUCAACGUUUCCAUAAAGACGAAUUUGAACAAGUCUUCGGAGAGCUGUGAAUACUCCAGGAUGAGGACGAAGCGAUCUUCCUCUUCAAAGCAGACCAGGAUAUGCACUAUUUAGGGGCUCAUCGGCGCUCGAUUGAGCAGCAGGUUUAGAGCCACAGCUGCUUGGAAACCCCAGGCUGGAGAAAACAAACCAUUAGCUGAUUUAAUAAUCACAUUUCACUUGUACUGAAGAUAUAAAUUGAAUGCAGAUUUUAGAUUGGUUAAUAUUAGCUGUCAAUCACUCAGUCACUGCUUUCCGCUGUCAGGUGACGGGGAGCUAACUACCGCGGAAAUACAAAGGGCUGAAGAAGAGAGAAAAUGAAAGGAAACACUUGACAGAUUUCUUUUGUAAACCGCCUAAAGUUACAAAUAAUAGUGCUGAUGAUAGCGAUCAUGUGGUGAAUGUUGACCCACCAGCGAAAAGACGUAGUUUUUGGAGAGAAUGGUUGAAAGACUUUGAGUGGCUCCGCUAUGAAAAUGCACUGUGCUCUAUGCACUGCAUUCACUUUAAAGCCUGUGGGACGGAGUUUGCGGGUAACACUAACAGCAUUCGCCACCGAAUCUACACAUUUUAAGCUCGAGAGCUUGGUUAAAUACAGAGAGUGCCAAACACAAGAAAUGCAGGGACAAGUGUGUGACACAAUGUUCAGGAUCAUCAGGUACAAUCGUUAAGGCCUUUAAUUGUCAGGAUGCUCACGUAAGGAGCUGCGAUAAUAUCGUAAUUGUUUUAACGAUGUGCGAUUUGAUAUUAGAGUAUACUGCAAAAACCAAACCAAACACCUACAGAGAGUGCACGCAUACAUAACAUGAUGAAGUCUAGUAGAUUAGACUAGUGCGCGUGUGCAUUUACAGUGCGUUUUCACUGCAUUAUUGAGCCUAUUAAAAUGCAUAACAAAAUUCAAGAUAUGGGGGCUUUAUAUCAUUUCAUAUAGUUAAUAUCACACGAACAGUGCCGUUUUUUCCUCCAAAAAUCAGCAUGAUUACAAAUGUGAUAUUGAUUUUAUACAACAGUUCAAUAAACAAGAAGUGAAUAUUAACUUAUGUUUUAGACAGCAUAUUUCCUGUUUUUGCUCCAUUUCGACAACAAAAAUAAUUCCAAACAAAGCCACAGCACUGUUUCGCGUCUCUGAGCAACAUGACUGUGUUUCGUUUCGUUUCGUUCCUGAAUGAAUCAACCGUUUAAAUGAUUCGGUUCAAUCAGAGUGACUGACUUAUUAACAGUGACUUGAUGCCACCUGCUGGCGAUUGUAAUUUCACAUUUAAAGUAUCUUCUUUUUUUUUUAUAAUUUCAAAUAUCAGUAUUCAAUGUUUUAUGUUUACAGUAUUAAAACAUUAUAUAUGUAUGUGUAACUGCAGGUUAAAUGCAUUCAUGUCCUGCAUUAAGCAGGGUGUAAGUGCAUCUAAAUGCCACUUCAGAAAUUCAAAAUUCAGAUUCAAAGAUCAAUUUUGUUGGUACUGAUUUCAUUUGCUUGAUAACAGCCCAAAUGUCUUAUUAUCCUAAUUGACUGAUUAAAUGUAAGAAUUUGACUCAAAUGAUGAUGCACAUUUUUAGAAAAAAUGGCUUAAUUGUGAAAAUGACCAUAAAAGGUAAAAAUCAAUUUAAACUUAUUGGAAAAGAUUAAUUUCUAUCACUGCUGUGAACUGACCACCACACAGAAUAUGAAGAAUAUCAAAAUCAGCUAGACUACCAGCACAAUACCACAAGCAAAAUAUCGUCUAAUUCUCGUUAUCGAUAAAAUCCUAGAAAAUAGGAUAUCAUUUUUUGUCAAUAUUGCACACCCCUAGCUGCCAGCCGUUUACCUUCCAACAAGACGAUGACAAGAGCUGCACGAUUAAUCGUUAAAAGAUCACGAUCUCGAUUCAAACACCCACACAAUCUAAUUUUUAAAUGACGAUUCGCCCGUGUCUAUUAAACCUUUGAAAAAAAAAUCAUACAACGUUCAAAUCUGCAUUCGCGCUGCCACUGACACAGAGAGCAGACAUUUAACAUGUUUUGGUAAGAAACAGCUUCACAAACAGUCUUUUCAACUGCACAGUAUUACUUCUGUCUUAUAUAGUCAUUCAUAUUAUCACAGAAAUACUGGGAUGAAAGUUUGCAGUUCAGAUAUAAACAGCGUUUACAUGAAUCCUCUCAAUGCGAUGAGAUUUUGGCAAUAUUGCGAUUUAAACUUUUAUCUCAUGUAAACUCAAUACUUCGAUUUAAAUAAUGCGAUUAAGCUCAUAAUCGGAGCAAGCAUAAUCGUAUUACAUAAGUGGCGUACGCUGAUUUUAAUCAAAAUAUGCAGGCAUGUAAACACCUUAAUCGGAGUAGCCUAUUGCCGCUCUCUGACCGAAGUGCGCAUGUGCUCGUGACAUGAAUGACGCGACACCUGUAAUAAUACGCAAAUUAGAAACGAUGGAGGGGAAGAAAGCAUCGCAUUUCUCAGGAAAACACAACUUGCUGCCACCAGUUUCUGUUCCAUUCAGAAACGGCGAGCAGAACGCGACGGCAGCGUAAGCAAACGAAUUGCCGUCACAUUUCUAUGGUGCCAAAGCAUGGAAUACAACCAUACAAAAGUGUUUUGCAUUAGACUUAAAUGAAUUAAAACAGCGGCCAGUAACACACCUGCUCUUUCUGAGUCCAUCAUUUGUGCUGUGCAGUGGGGUACAUGAGGCAGUAAAAAAAAAAAUAAAAUAAAAAUACAACUCGCGAAUAAUAAGAAUAAUGGAAAUUGCAUGUAAACGGGAGUGAAGAGCUUUGCUCUUGACAUGUAAACAUCAUAAUGCGAUUAAGUCCUUACAUUAUUCUUGCGCAUGUAAAUAGAGUAAAUCCCUUUUUGAAAGUAACUGGCACUUCAAAUAAAGUGUCGAUUGCAUUUUUUUGCCACCUAGUGACUGUUAAAAUAUAUUUGUCAUUGAAUCUUUCAUUAAAGAGAUUUGUUCAAAAACGCUGAUUAAUCCAUUAAUAAAUAAAACAAGUGAGGCAUUUAAGUGAGUCAAUCAUUCAUUCAAACCAUUUUUUUCAAAAUUUUAAUAUUAAAAAUUGGUGUAUUUAAAUAUAUGUUGAAGAUAUAUAUAUAUUAACAUGUUUAGUAAUUCAUUCAAAUGAAUUAAACACUUGAAUAGACUGCAGCAAUAAUAUUUUGUCACACACUAUUUUGUUUAGUCUAGAAUCGUGGGAAAAUCGUGAUCUCAAUUCGAGACAAAAAAAAUUGUGAUUCUCAAUUUAUCCAGAAUCGUGCAGCUCUAACAAUGACCCUAAGCACACAGCUAAAAUAACGAAGGAGUGGCUUCACAACAACUCCAUGACUGUUCUUGAAUGGCCCAGCCAGAGCCCUGACUUAAACCUAAUUGAGCAUCUCUGGAGAGACCUAAAAAUGUCUGUCCACCAACGUUUACCAUCCAACCUGACAGAACUGGAGAGGAUCUGCAAGGAGGAAUGGCAGAGGAAAACUUGUUGCAUGUUUCCCAAAAAGACUCAUGGCUGUAUUAGAUCAAAAGGGUGCUUCUACUAAAUACUGAGAAAAGGGUCUGAAUACUUAGGACCAUGUGAUAUUUCAGUUUUUCUUUUUUAAUAAAUCUGCAAAAAUGUCAACAAUUCUGUUUUUCUGUCAAUAUGGGGUGCUGUGUGUACAUUAAUCAGGAAAAAAAAAGAACUUGAAUGAUUUUAGCAAAUGGCUGCAAUAUAACAAAGUGAAAAAUUUGAAUAUUUUACGUACCCACUGUACAUGUAUAUACACAAUCCAUAUACUGUGCAGGGAGAGGCAGAAAACCCAAAGGGCUUAUUUAGAGCCUCCACCUAAAUAAUGAAAAAAACGAAACAAAAACAGACUUAUAAAACUAAAAGAAAAACUUUGAUUACAGUAAUUAAUUUAUGUUGUAAUUAAUUACUACAUAUGUCGAAAAAAUAAAUAAAACCCAUAAAUAAUAUACUCAAAAAAACAACCCAUAUUGUACAUAAAAUAAACUUCCGGUAAAGCUGAUUUAAUGUUGUGGUUUAUAUAGGUAGAGACUCUUGAGACUAGUGUUGUCAAAAGACCCGGUACUUCGGUACCAAGUCGGUACUAAAAAAAUGAAAACGUCACGGUACCAGGUUUUUUUUAAGUACCGGUGGUACCAAGUACCUGGUCAACCCGGUU